AUGCAUAUAUUUGAAUACCUAGGGAAGGAGGUCCCAGAAGAAAAGUGGAAUAACAAAGAAGUGUACAAAGUUAUCAAGUCAAGACUCGAAGAGCUUCAUCUGAUAGGAAU